AUGGCAUCUGCGGAGAGGAAGCAGUUUGCGCUGAUUACGGGAUGCACCCCCGGCGGCAUUGGACACUACCUGGCGCUUGAAUUCGCUGCUCGAGGCUUCCACGUCCUGGCCACCGUCCGCGACCCCUCCAAACACACCUCCCCGCACGCCCGCAUAACCUACCUCCCCCUCGAGCUCAGCAGCGAUGCCUCGAUCGCCGCGCUCCUCGCGCGCGUCUCCGCCCUCACAGACGGCAAGCUCGCCAUCCUCUACAACAACGCCGGCCGCAACUACACCGUCCCCGCGCUCGACAUGGACUUCAGCGAAGUCUCCCCCCUCUUCGCCGCCAACGUCUUCGCCGUCAUGAAGCUCUGCCAGGCCUUCGCGCCGCUGCUGAUCGCCGCGCGCGGCACCAUCGUGCAGACGGGCAGCCUGGCGGGGAUCAUGCCGUACGUCUGGGCGCCGGCGUACAGCGCGUCGAAAGCCGCGCUGCACGCGUACUCGGACACGCUGCGCGUGGAGCUCGCGCCGCUGGGCGUGCGUGUCGUGACCGUCGUGACUGGGGGUGUGAAGUCGAACAUUGCGCGCGCGCACCGCGAGCUCCCCGCGGGGUCGUACUAUCUGCCGCUGAAGGCGGAGUAUGAGAGACGGUUGACGCAUAGUCAGCAGUUGGGUAUGGAUACACGGGCUUAUGCGAGGAGCUGUGUCGGGCAGGUGUUGAGGGGUGAUGGAUGGUUUACGAAGCAGAGGUGGAUUUGGGAGGGCAGUUUGAGCUGGGUUACGUGGUUUGUUUGGGCGUGGUUGCCGAGGGCCGCGUUCGAUUGGUGGUUUAGUUGGAAUUUUAAGCUAGGGAGACUUAGGGGGACGGUGGGUCCGGAUAAGAAGAAUGUAUGA